GUGUAGAUGUGGUUUCAGUGGUUACCCUUAACUGGUUGAGGUGACGUUUAACACUUACUGUUUGACGUCUAACUCCAAUACACAGCCUUUAAGGCUCAUAGACCUGAAAAUUUAUCAUGGUUGUCGACAUUCCCGGAUACUACUAUGAUUCUGAGAAGAAAAAGUAUUUUAAAAUCGAAAAGUCCCAUACCGCACCAGCAUCAGCAGCAUGGUCUUCUGACGAGGUGAAGCGCCGCAAGGUCCAGGACCAAGUUUGCCAUGCAAAGCAGCGCCGCGCAGACCGUCUAAAGUAUCAUAUUAAACGCAACCAUGCUAUCCAACGGCAUGUGGUUAGCAGUGAGAUCUUUAGCAGUCAACUUGGUAGCGGCCUAAGUAGCGUUGUGGCGUCCUAUGGGCCAGGGCAUCUGAGAGCAGCGGCAUGGGCGGACGGACUGGCAGAUAAAGGAUUGAUUCCGUUUGUUCCUAGCUUUGCCCGGUCAAGGUUUGCCAAUAUGUCUUGUUUCUAUGUCAGUGGUGAUGACACAAAGACGGGGAUGGGCGCCGCGUAUGCUACGCUGGAUGAGGAGACGCUGGUAGGCAGCUACAUUGAUAUGGAUGACAACGACAAAGUCAAGUUUCUGGGCAACUCAUCAAGUCGACCUGGCCACGGACUCUCGUUUCGAACAGAAAUGAUCCGGUGUCCGCAAAUAUCAUCGAUUCAAUACCAUAAACCGUCCAACAAGAUACUCCUGACAUCGAGAGAAGUAGAACCGAGUUGCGGAAUCUUUUGCUUUUCGCCGCUACUGUCUCAGCCACAUGAUAACCGCCCGUUCUGGCUUCUUGGCGAAACUGAAUACUACCAGCGAAUACCUAUCCGCGUGGGCCCUCGAGACGAAUGGCUCGUUAACAAGAGUACGCCUGCACCCCCAUCAUCCGACCUUCUCUGUGUAGUUGGCACCAAUACAGGCCUACUCCGCGUGACCUCCAACGAAACAAUGGCACACAUCUCGUCCCAUGCAAACAACCGUUCUGCUGCUGUUGGCCAAGGACACUUCCACAAGGCUGGCCGCCAGCCCAAGGAGAUCUUUGACCAGGACUUUCUCACGGGCAACCACAACGUUGUGCUGGCAGGUGGACGGCAGCCGCGUGUCUGGAUUACAGAUCUGCGUGUCCCUGAGCCGCAGUGGUCGUCCAUUGCACAUGCUAGCUCCGUCGCGCAUCUUCGCAGUGUAAACGAGCACCAGGUUGUAGUAGCGGGCCUGCGACACUCCAUGGCGCUGUAUGAUAUGCGCUUCUUCCGCGAAGAGUGCUGGCCAAACGGUUCUUCGCCGUUGCUACAGUUCCAUGGGUACCGCAACGAAGCGCACUUUCAUACAGGAUGGGAUGUAUCUACAGAUCUGGGCGUCGUGGCUGCUGCGCAUGACGAUGGUACUGUGAAGCUGUUUUCGUUGGCGUCGGGGCGGCUGCUGAAUCAAAAGGGCGACGCGCUGGGCGGGAUUCGCUCGCAGACACCGAUUAAGGCGCUCAUGUUCCAGACGAUGCCGCGGCAGAAGAUGCCGAGUCUGUUUAUUGGCGAAGGACCGUCUCUUAAGAAGUUUUCGUUUGGCGUUGACUCGUUGGAAGACGAGGCUUAAUGGUAGAAGCAUACCAGCUAAUAUUGGCUCGAUUUUGAUGUAUUAUUGUAUAUUGUUGCGUUCAUAUUAGCACUAGCAAGCGUAGUCCCUUUCGUUCUCAUUUCAUAUGGUUAUAUUUAUAAUACAGUACUUUUCACUUUUGAACCUCUUACAUUCCGAGAUUAAAUCCAUCCGCUCGCCCGUCCCCUAACGCCAAAAGAAAGUGUCUGUACAAAUACAUACACAUAACCAAUUACAUCGAAUUUGCCCCCAAAAUAGCCUACAGAUUCAUUCCAUCUGCUACCUGUUGGUAGCUGGCGAAUGCGAUGAUUGUGUAUAAGCUGCUGGCGAUCUCGGUAUAUUCGCAUCCUCCGCCAGCACCGGAAACGCUCGAGCAAACGCAUCACCAAGUUUCCAGUUAUUCAAAUUUCUCAAGUGGCGCUCAAAAACGGGAUUAAUUACCAGCUCACCAGAGUCUGGGCUCCUCAGCAACGUAUCAGUGUCAUCGUACGGCCACGAUAAUUCGAGGGUCGUGGUGUACGGGAUGAAGAAGUUUUCAAAGUGGUAGUCGGUCGGAUUAUACAGCCGAACAAGCUUGUCUCGCAUACCGGGGAACGGCAAAUGAUCGAUCCAUGCAGGAUGCGGCGUGAGGAUUUGGCAACGAAGAGGGUGCAUCCACGGCGGCAGACGCUCGUAGUUUUCUCGUGUUGGCGAAACCUGCCAUCGCAUGACAAGAAACAUGAUGUAUAACACGGCUACGCGCUCAGGAAGACCCGAGAUAUCGGGAAAUUUGGCCAGAAUGUCAGUAAAAACGCGCGACAGAGGAUGCGAGUGUACACUCUGCAUGGGGUUGAGGAGCGAUGAGACAGACGGGUAUCGCGGGCCGAUGACGUCUUGUUCAGAAUGGCCUUCCGCCGCACGCUGUUUGCGCUCAUGGAGGAAGUCGAGUAGCAAAGAGUCCAGUGGACAGGUUGGAGCGCUUGUACGCACGGGAGCAGCGUAGCGAGCUAUUGUUCCCAUGUUGGUAUCACUCAGCUCGAUGAGUUCGCCGGGAUCGUCAGACGCUGGGAGUGUUGAGAUGUUGGGGUCUCCGUAGGGAUAUCCCGAUGGCAGUGACUGAUAGGACUGCAUGGCAUGCGCGUGCUGCGCACUGCUUCUGUGAGAUUGCUGCACAUAGUGCUCGUUUGCCGGCUUGGGCGCCUUGCGCGCGUUGAGCAAGAAGUCGAGAUCAAGUCUCUCCUGGCCCAUGUCGAGCGAUAGUUUAUGAUCCCCUGGUUGCUGGUCUGCAUCGCUGUGCAAUCUGCUGGCGGUGGUUGGUGACGGUGUGUAUCCCGGGGUGCUUCUUUGGCUGGACCAAGGCUGAGACACGGGGUGUGUUUGUGUUUGUGUUUGUGGUAGCCCUGGGAGGGUAGAUGAUGAGGCACUAGCACCCAGCAUGGCUGUAUGACGGGACAAAUGGUGCGAAUUA